GCUCUUCCUUGGCUGGCUUUGUGAAUCUCAAUCUUUUGUAGAAAUCCCGAGUAUCUUGGAAUAGUUUAGGGUAGUAUAUAUGUAAAGAAUUGUAUAUUCUUGCGAGAGAUUCUUUUAGGAGAUUAUUUCCAUAUUUAGAUUUUCCGAUUGUAUUAUAAAUAUUGUGUAUUGAUUUGUACAAAAUCAUUCAAGAAAUACAGAAAUUAUUCAUUCUGAUUUCAUGGUAUCAGAGCUAGGAGAUUGAACUUAGCUAUCAAUGGCGGAAACCGCUGGCCAAAGUAGAGGUUUGAUGACCUCUAAAUCUCACGGGGUCCUCCAACAGAGUUUCACGAGGUCCUCCAACAGAGCUUCAGUCUGCGAUUCGCCUCGUCUCUGCAUCAGAGGGAAUAACUCUCGAGUUAGGGUUUCCUUUUCAAUUUCACAAGCGGAAUCGACUAUGUCGGCAAGGAAGAUCAUGGCGAGGAGCUCCGACGGCGAGACCUUUGAGGUCGACGAGAUCCUGGCUCUUGAGUCUCAGUCGAUCAAGCACAUGAUCGAGGACGACUGUGCGGACAACGGAAUACCCUUGCCCAAUGUCAUCGGGCGGAUCUUGGCGAAAGUCAUCAAGUACUGCAAGAAGCACGUCAAGGCUCCAAAUAUCGAGAAGCGAGGCGGCGUCAAUGAGGAGCUCAAGUCGUGGGACGCUGAGUUCGUCAAAGUUGAUCAGGCGACCCUCUUCGAUCUCAUCCUGGCUGCAAACUAUCUGAACAUCAAGACCCUCCUGGACCUUACGUGUCUGACUGUAGCAGACAUGAUCAAGGGAAAAACUCCUGAGGAGAUGCGCAAGACAUUCAACAUAAAGAAUGACUUCACACCGGAGGAAGAGGAAAAGGAAAGAAUGGAGCGAGACUUUUUGACGUUUUUGGUUCCGACAGAGAGAUUGGGAUUAAUGAGAAAAUGUUGAGGCAGAGUCUAUCUAGGUUGGCAGAUCAAACCCCUUUUAGUUAUUACAGAGCUUCGUCUUCCACAAAUAUUUCUUCGGGAUCUUUAGCCCAAAGAGGAUCUAUUAUCGGGGAAGACGAUUGGUAGUGCUAAGAAGUGUGAGGGAUUCUACUACUUUGAGGAGGCUAAUAGAACCAGAGGUGAUCGAAUCUUGCAGGGUGUAGCUGAAAAGUUCAAUAAAUCCUUAGUCAAUAAAAUUCAAAAUGAUCUCUGGUUUCAGCCUCCGCAUUGCACAGGUAAAAAUCUGAGUUCCUCAAACUCCAAGCUUUUCAAGAGCAGAGAGCCUAGAAUGGAUAUCCGGAGAAGGUCAACAGGCAUUCUCAUAUAAAAAUCUUAAGCAUUAGGGGAAGGAGAUUGAAAAAUUUUUUCACUACUCUCUCGUGGAAAUUUUAUUUUGAUUUUUCAAAUAAUUACAAAAAUAAUAACUUGUUUUUUAAUUUUAUUUAUAAAAGUUGGAAAACAUUUUUUAUUAAUUUCAGAUUUUAAAUGUUUUUACUUUGCUUCCAGGAGCAAAAUAGAAGUUAAUUAUACAAAAGUAAAUGGGAAAUGUAAAAGAAGAAAAAAGGAAAUAAAAACAAGGAAAUUUAUUUUUAUUUAUAUAUUUUUUUCUUACGUAGGCCCCCUUUUGAAACUCAGAAGAAAGUGAGAAAGAAAAUAAAAAAAAUAUAUCAAAUCUAUGAAAAAAAAAAUAAAAUUUUACACCGUUGAUAUUUAGUUUUUCCUAAUUUUAUUUAUAGUAAAAUAAAUUUUUAUUUUUAAUAGUAUUUUAUAUGGAUGGAAAAUACAAGGAAAAAUAAGUUUUCUCCUUAUUUUCCUUCUCUUUCCUUUUUUACAAACAAAAUUCUUAAUCCAAAAGCAUCCUAAAUAUUAUUGAAAAUAAAAAUUUGUUUAAUAUGAUUAAAAAUAUAAAAAAAUAAUAAUAAUGAUGAGUAGAAUCAAAAUUUCUUAAUAUUUUCCUUAGUAUUUUUUGAAUUCCAAAUGGAGCCUAAAUAAAGACAUAUUACACCCUAUGAAGUCAAUUAAUUUUUUAAUUUUCAUCAAGUAUCAUAGUAAAAAUUUUGGUUAAAUAUAAAAACUAAAAGAUGCAUGCAUCUAAUUUUUAUUGAAAAAUAACAAUAUGGAGUUAUUUUAAUUAAAUAUUAUUUUUAAUUAAUCAAACUUUUUUCACUUGGAUUGAAAAUUUUUUCUUCAAUGGGAGUACGUUUGAAUCAAGAUUUUUAGUAAAUUAAAUCCAAUGGUCUUUUCAAAUUGAAGGGGGCACGCUUAUAUCAUGCACCAGGAAUCAAUAGAAAAUUGUAAUAUUGUCCUUUCAAAAAACAAUUUUUUUUUACGGUCCAUUUGAUUCAAGAAUUUUAUUUAGGGGAGGGAAAGACAAAAAAAAAUAAAAAUGAGGAAACUCAUUUUUUAUUUCAUUUUUCUUAUUAAAUGUUAUAAAAAUAAAACUUUGUUUCAAUAUGAUUAAAAAUUUUAAAAAAAUAUUAAUUAUGUGUAAAAUAAAAUUUAGGUUUAUAAAAAUGGCGUAUUUUUCACUUUUCUUGAUAAUUAAAUUUAAAAUUAUAGAUCCUUUGAUAGUUCCAAAUAGGAAAGAAACUAAACUAGCUUUUUGUUAUAAUUUCUCUACUAAUUAAAAUGAAAAUUUGUUCACAAUAUGAUUAAAAAUUAAGAAAAAAUGAGUUCUUUCAAAAUUUUCUUUCCUUUCCUUAAAGGUUUCGUUUAAAACUCAAAAAUUACUAAGAAAAUGGAAGGAAAAUAUUAAGGAAUCCAUAUUUUCAUAUUUGGAUUAAGGAAAGUGAGAAAGAAAAUAAAAAAAAAAAAACAUAUCAAAUCCAUAAGCAAAAUUUUGAUUUUAUACAUCAUUCAUAUAUAGUUUUUCAUAAUCUUUAAUUAUCUUAAAACAAACUAUCGUUUUUAACAAUGUUUAAUAUAGAAGGAAAAUGCAAUGAGAAAUGAGUUCUUCACUUAUUUUCCUUUUCUUUUCUUUUAUUCCAAACAGAUUGUAAGUUUUCUACAUUCCAAACAGCGCUAUGGGAAAUAAUUAUUACCUAUAUUUAUAAAAUUGUUACUAUGUUCCAUGUUAUUCAAGAAUAUACUCAUUUCAAGAAGAAUAUGUAUCCCAUGUAUAAGUGAAACACCAACCAUUAUUUGAGUUGUUUUAGAUGAAGUGAGAAAAAAAGGCAAAUGCAAACUUGUAAAUUAGUGAUAGGGAAUGGUUUCAUGGAGAAGGUAAAUCAAACAAGACUCGAUUUGAGCAAGUGGUUUUAUUUCAUUAGCAAACUUGUAAAUUUAUUUAGAAAUCUAAGUAAAUUUUCAUGUUACAAUUCAUUGAGGUUGAAUUUUUUAAAAUAAUGCCGUAGUGGUUUGAUGGCAAUAGUCAAAUAUCCCUAGGCCAGUACUGAACAGUCAAGUUUCUUGAUCUGGCGACGCCUCCCACGGAUCUCACCAGAUGAUUAUUGUAUUUGCAAUGCAAAAGACGUAGAUCUCGAAGGUUUGCGGGAAGCAACUCCGGCAGAGCUUCCAAACCACCAAACUGCUCAAUCACAAGAAUUUGUAGGGAAGAGAGGCGGGGAAGAAGAAGAAUUUGUUCAUGUUCAUGAUUGCGCAGAGACUUGAGCCUAGGCCAACCCCUCAGAGUUAGUUCUUCAAGCCGGAAUUGGUGGUGACAGUGGUGGUGGUGGUGGUUGGUGCUGCAGAGAAGUGAGGGGAAACUAUCCAGCUCCUCAUUAAACCCUCCGAUCUCUAGUCUCUUCAACUCGGGGAGACAGCACAAUAGCCCUUCCGGCAAACUACUCAAUCUUUUGCACUCACAAAUUCUUAAAUCUGAGAGGGAGUGCAAUUUUAGUAAAUCAGCCGGCACAGAUUCCAAAUUUGGGCAAUUCCAUAUGCCUAAUUUCUUGAGGGAUGUACAGAAUUGCAUAGACAUCAAUUCUUCACACAUGUGGACUUUCAGCUCUCGAAGGGAGGGCGAGAAGCCCUCUAAAUUCGGGGGAAGAAUGGAUUUCAAUUUAGGGCAACUCACUAUCUCCAACACCUGAAGAUUCAACAACUUCGCUAUCCACGAAACAGCAAUACCCCCAAAUCCUUCAACUUUAAACUGCUUCAGAUCUAAGUGUGGUUGCAGCCCUUCCAACACCUCAUCAUCAUUAUCACCACAACGAACCUCACCACGACCACCAUCAUCAUUACCCCAUUGAAGCACCAAUGUUUCAAUGUUUUUCUUUCCCUUCAAAUUUGCUUUUUCAGCUUCUUCUUUACCCCUCACAUGCUGUAGAUCGCAUAUCCAUAAUUGUCCUCUGAGCUCGUUCAAGGGUUCCAGCUCUUCAAUUCGGCGUCCCCUGCCCCGACCCACCACAAACACCGGUAACGUCUGCAAAUGAAUUAACCGCCUCAUCUCAAUCGGUCCAUCCUUCAUUAUUCUCUCUGCAUUGUCCAGAUGGUAUAGCUUGGUAAUUGAAUCCGGCAACCUUACAAUUUUAUUAUCGGAGACAUCAAGGUACUUUAAAUAUUUCAACUUCCCAACAGAAUCUGGCAGCACCUCAGUUUGGCUCCCGCUUAAAUCUAAAACUCUCAAGCGUUUUGAGUCAACUAACACCUCAUCGGAAACAUUAACAGCCCUUGACCUUGAUAAAAUUAAGUGAGCUAUUGACAUUCUUCACUUUAUGAGCCAUCUUGAUACGGAGCACGAUGGGGCUAGAGAAGGAACAGAAGUAGCGUACCUUUUUCAUAAAUUGAUUUUGAAUUUCUACCUGACGUCGGAGCAUUUCAUAAGAGAACUCAGUCAGAACAUCCUCAGCUUUAUAAGCUCUCUCUUCAAGAUUCUUGAGCCAAAUUUGAACAGCCUUUUCCCUCAUUUGCUGUUUCUGGGCAUCAUGCAGUAUAGCUUGAAUCAUUUUAAGUAAUUCUUCAAGAUUUUUUAGCUCGCCCUUGAAACCCCAUGCAAGUUUCAUUUCUUCAGAUGCCAGUGAACCCACCUUCUUUAAUACUUGCCCUAUUGCAAAACUGAGAACCAUUUCAGCUUUCAUAUUUGUUUCCUUGCUUUGAAUUCGAUGAGUUAUAGCUAGAGAAGACUGAUCCACAGAAGCACCGAGCGAGGGAAAAGAAAGACGAGCACUGAUACCACACCAGACGCAGUUUGCUUUUUAGCUCAACUGAUCCAUCCUACUUGAAAUAAUUAAAUUCGUCAAUUUCAUUGUUGGUGGAAGUAUUCAAAAUAAAAAAUAAAAUACAAAUAAAACGAUAGUAUGAUGGGUAUUUUAUGUAUGCAACUUGAAAAAUAUUGAAAAAAGGAAAGGAAAACAUGAAAGAUUCUACUUUUCUAUGUUUGGU